AUGUGCGGCCCCCCUGCCUGGCCGCUGCUGCUGCUGCGGGCGCGCCGGGGCCCGCCCGUGCGCUCGACGGUAUGGCUGGCCCCCGAGCUGACCCCGGUCACCCGCGCGUGGGCGUCGCUGGCCCGAGAGAGGACCCCGGCCCCCCGCGUCCCCGCGCUCCUGCGGGCACGGCCGGGACUGCUGGGCGGCCCGGGCCUCGCGCGCGCCCUGUGGCGGUGGGCCGUGUCCCGCGGCGCCCGCAGGUGCCCGGCGCUGGCCCGGCCCCGCUCCCUGCACCCCCUGUGCACCGGGCUCCGGGGCGGCCCCGCGGCGGCGACUCGAGAUUUCGGGGACAACUCGCGACAGCGGCCCGCCGCGGCCGGACGCUCGGAGGCCUGGAAGCUCCUGAGUCUGGUGCGCCCCGAGCGCGGGAGGCUGGCAGCUGCCGUUGGGUUUCUGGCUGUGUCCAGCGUCAUCACCAUGUCCGCCCCGUUCUUCCUGGGGAAGAUCAUCGACGUCGUCUACACCAACCCCAGUGUGGACUACGGCGAAUCCUUGACCCGCCUCUGCGCAGGGCUCACCUGUGUGUUCCUGUGUGGUGCCGCUGCUAACGCCAUCCGUGUCUACCUCAUGCAAUCUUCAGGCCAGCGUAUUGUGAACAGGUUACGUACCUCACUGUUCUCCUCCAUCCUAAAGCAGGAGAUUGCUUUCUUUGACAAGACCCGCACAGGAGAACUGAUUAACCGCCUCUCCUCGGACACUGCGCUCCUGGGGCGCUCACUGACUGAAAACCUCUCAGACGGGCUAAGGGCUGGGGCCCAGGCCUCAGUCGGCAUUGGCAUGAUGUUUUUUGUCUCACCCAAUCUGGCCACCUUUGUUUUGAGCGUGGUGCCUCCGAUAUCCAUCCUCGCCGUGAUCUAUGGGCGAUACCUGCGGAAACUGUCCAAAUCCACACAGGACUCACUGGCGCAAGCCACGCAGCUAGCUGAGGAGCGCAUCGGAAACAUCAGAACCAUCCGAGCUUUCGGGAAGGAGAUGACAGAAGUGGAGAAGUACGGCAGCCAAGCGGAGCAGGUGCUGCAGCUGGCUCGGAAGGAGGCCUUCGCUCGGGCUGGCUUCUUUGGAGCAGCCGGGCUCUCCGGGAAUCUGGUCGUGUUGUCGGUCCUGUACAAGGGAGGCCUGAUGAUGGGCAGCACUCACAUGACAGUGGGCGAGCUCUCCUCUUUCCUCAUGUAUGCUUUCUGGGUUGGACUGAGCAUUGGAGGUCUGAGCUCAUUCUACUCGGAGCUGAUGAAGGGCCUGGGAGCUGGUGGGCGGCUCUGGGAGCUGCUGGAGAGACAGCCGCAGCUGCCUUUCAAUGAGGGGGUCGUGUUAGAUGAGAAAAGCUUCCAAGGUGCCCUGGAGUUUAGGAACGUGCACUUUGCCUAUCCAGCUCGCCCAGAAGUGCUGGUGUUUCAGGAUUUCAGCCUUUCCAUCCCAUCUGGAUCCAUCACAGCGCUGGUUGGCCCCAGUGGCUCUGGCAAAUCAACAGUGGUCUCACUGCUACUCCGGUUGUAUGACCCUGCUUCUGGAACCGUCAGUCUGGAUGGUCACGACAUCCGCCAGCUCAAUCCAGUCUGGCUGAGAUCCAAGAUUGGGGUGGUCAGUCAGGAGCCAGUCCUGUUCUCCUGCUCCAUCGCGGAGAACAUCGCCUACGGUGCCGACAGCCCAUCCUCUGUGACAGCCCAGCAGGUGCAGAGGGCAGCAGCAGUGGCCAAUGCCACUUCAUUCAUUCAGAGCUUCCCACAGGGCUUCGACACUGUGGUCGGGGAGAAGGGUGUCCUUCUAUCUGGUGGGCAGAAGCAGCGGAUUGCAAUUGCCCGUGCUCUGCUGAAGAACCCAAAAAUUCUCCUCCUGGAUGAAGCAACCAGUGCCCUGGAUGCCGAGAACGAGCACCUGGUGCAGGAGGCGCUCGACCGGCUGAUGGAGGGAAGAACCGUGUUGGUCAUCGCCCACCGCCUGUCCACCAUCAAGAAUGCGAGCCUCGUUGCUGUCCUCGACCAGGGCAAGAUCAGCGAGCACGGGAAGCAUGAAGAGCUGCUUUCAAAGCCAGACGGGAUUUACAGAAAGCUAAUGAACAAGCAGAGCUUUCUAUCAUCCUAAAGAAGCAGUGGCUGGAGCUGGGCACAGUGGUGCUGCAUGUAAACCCAGCCCUCAGGAGGUUGAGACAGGAGAAUUGCAGGUUUGAAGCCAGCGUGGUCUGCAUACACAGCAAGAUCCCGUCUCAGAAGGAAUCCGCUGCAGUGGCUGUCACUGGUAGAUUAACUAUGAAGGACUUUAAAGCCAGUCAGCACACAGAAGCUCUUGAGGUUGUGAAAUCUGCAGACUACCUUCCAAGUAUUUGAAAUAGGCCUGUUUCCUAAAGAAUGUAAAAUCUUGUUGGAAAACAACUUAUCCUCAACACCUUUCUAUUCAGAGUUUUAAUAUCAUCAUAACUUUCUACAUGUCUGUAGCACUGAGGUUACUCCAAGCUUGACACUUUCACCUCGUUCAUUUUAGUCAGCACAGGACAGCAUCUUGUUUUCUUUGGCCUGCUGCUGUAGUUAGCUGUUGUCAAGUGACAACUUUAAGGAGGGAGUUGUAAAUUAAAGGUCUAAUUAUUUUAGGCCAGUUGCCAAUUACCAGGGCUUGCCUACCUGGUGUCUCACUUCACUAGGGAGAUUCCUACAAUGCAGGUGCAUUCUGGCCCUCUUCUAAGCGAACCUGUCUGUCACUGCCAAUAAGGGUGAAUGGCCAAUGUCGUCAGAGGUGAGGAAGAUGUGUCCUGUGGGCUGCGAUUUUGGAUGUGUGCAGUGUUUACUUGGGUGCCUGCGAGCCUGAUGCCUUUUGCAAAGGGAAGUCCCCUCCUGUGAACAGAACAUUUUGACGCUCUUCCUUCGUGUUUAUGUGACUCGCUGUCAUCAUUGAAAGUGAAUGAAAAUGAAUUCUGUCUUUACUAGAGGCAUGGAUUUUGAAAACUACAUGUCAUAAGCAAUUCCCAGGUAUAUUGUGAUUAUUUUUUUGGUAAUUUAAUUAAUAAGGCUGAAUCUAAAAAAUAAAAUAAAUUUUAACUUUUAACAUGGGUGUGGUAGCACACACUUGUAAUCCCAGUACUCAGGAGGUUGAGGCAGUUCAAGGCCAAUCUGGGCAACACAGUGAGUUUGAGGCCAGCCUGCCUAUGAGUGAACCUCCUGUGUCAAGCAAGGUUCCUUGAAGGGUUUAGAAGCUCUUGCAGUACAUGGAGUGCAAGGAACCUUGAGAAUGUGGCAUUGUCCUCAAAAGAACAUUAGUAACCUUCCUCUUUCAGUUGUAAGUAAAGUUUUAGUCACCUCAAUUCUUAAAGUAAUGCCAGCAGCACGGAAAUCUACCACAUCUGUGUCAGUGCUGCUGCCUCAGGAAAAAGUGCAUUUUUUUUCCCCUGAAAUUUUUUUUUUUUUUUUUUUUGGUUUUUCAAGGUAGGGUCUCGCUUUAGCCCAGGCUGAUCUGCAGUUCACUAUGUAGUCUCAGACUGCCCACAAACUCACAGCAAUCCUACCUCGCAUGAGGCACCACACCCAACAAAAGUGCUUUCUCUUAUGCUGGAGUUAAAACAUGUUUUCCACACAAAGUGUCCGCUCCUGUGGUUAUACUGGAAGAAGAAAUACCACUUCAUGAGAAGCAGAGAGCAUUGUCUGUUGUUCUACUUGAGGGAAUUUGUUAUUGGGUUCGAUGGGCUCCGUGGGUGAGUGAGAGUGACGUUCUUGUUAGUAAACAGUUCACCUGUAACAAUUAUUUGAAGCUGUGUGGGUUUUAGUUUGCUGGUGUGUGGUUCACAGAUCAGAGUGCAGUCCUUUCCCUCUGCAGAUGUGUUUUCACAGUUGAACUGGUGGAUCAUUAUAUUUUGUGUCUCUAAGUAACAUUUUAUAUCAGAUUAAAAUUUAUAGUGAACAUUGCA